AUAGCCGGAAUCCCAGGCUCAGGUAAGUCUCCCAACCCCGAAUGAAAUACACACUAACAAACUUCGAGGCAAAACAACACUCUCUCAAAUCGUAACCUCAGCCCUCAACGCACGGCAUGCCACUCUCCACCCAGAAACCCCUUCAGCGGUACCACCCGCCGUCUUCGUGCCUAUGGACGGGUACCACCUAACCCGAGCCCAACUCUCCGCCAUGCCGGACCCAGCCCUAGCCCACGCCCGCCGCGGCGCAGAAUUCACCUUCGACGGGUUAUCCUUCCUCUCCCUCGUCAAGUCCCUACGCGCUGUUCCGCCACCCCCUUUAAAAACGGUGUACGCGCCGAGUUUCGACCACGCGGUUAAAGAUCCCAAGGCCGAUGAUAUUGCUAUUUUACCUACGCAUCGGAUCGUGGUUUUUGAGGGCAAUUAUGUGUGUCUGGAUAAGGAGCCUUGGAGGGAGGCUGCGGGGUUGAUGGAUGAGAGAUGGUUUGUGGAGGUGGAUUUUGAGACGGCUAGGAGGAGGUUGGUUAAGAGGCAUGUUACAGCUGGGAUUGCUAGGGAUGAGAAGGAGGCGGGACGAAGGGCGGAUGAGAAUGAUUUGGUUAAUGGGGAGCAGAUUGUUAGACAGAGGGUGCAGGUACAUGAGGUUGUUGUUAGUAGGGAGGAUGGUGGGUGGGUUCAUGAGUAAGUUGACUUGAUACGAACAUUCAUCGUAUCAAGCUUAAUGGCAUUCUAUUAUAUGACAGGGAAGCUAUCUUGCUGUCUUAACAUAUAUCUGAGUGAAAUUAGAUAUAACUACGGGCAGUAAAUCUCAUAAAAGAUUGAAGGUCUAUGUUUGUUCUCAAAGCCCCCCUAUUUGCUUUCAUAUUCGUUAAAUGAAUUAUCAUGCGGCUAACUGCAACACUUUAUAUUUACAUAUGCUUAUCUAAGG